AGGCUCAACGUGGACGGGCUGCUGGUCUACUUCCCCUACGACUACAUCUACCCGGAGCAGUUCUCCUACAUGCUGGAGCUCAAACGUACGCUGGACGCCAAGGGUCAUGGAGUCCUGGAGAUGCCCUCGGGCACUGGGAAGACAGUGUCACUGUUAUCUCUGAUCGUGGCGUAUCAGCGGGCGUACCCGCUGGACGUGACCAAACUCAUCUACUGCUCGCGGACCGUGCCCGAGAUCGAGAAGGUGAUUGAAGAGUUGCGCAAGUUGCUGAACUUCUACGAGAAGCAGGAGGGAGAGAAGCUGCAGUUCCUGGGACUGGCCCUGAGCUCCCGCAAGAACCUGUGUAUUCACCCCGAGGUGACGCCUCUCCGCUUCGGGAAGGAUGUGGAUGGGAAGUGCCACAGCCUCACAGCCUCGUACGUGCGGGCCCAGUACCAGCAGGACCCUAGCAUGCCGCACUGUCGCUUCUACGAGGAGUUCGACGUUCACGGGCGCCAGGUGCCCCUCCCUUCUGGCAUCUACAACCUGGAUGACCUGAAAGCCGUGGGGCGACGCCAUGGCUGGUGCCCCUACUUCCUCGCCCGCUACUCAAUCCUGCACGCCAACGUGGUGGUUUACAGCUACCACUACCUGCUGGACCCCAAGAUCGCCGACCUGGUGUCCAAGGAGCUGGCCCGCAAGGCGGUAGUGGUCUUCGACGAGGCCCACAACAUCGACAACGUCUGCAUCGACUCCAUGAGCGUCAACAUCACCCGCCGGACCCUGGACCGCUGCCAGGGCAACUUGGAGACCCUGCAGAAGACCGUGCUCAGAAUCAAGGAGACGGAUGAACAGCGCCUGCGGGAGGAGUACCGGCGCCUGGUGGAGGGGCUGCGCGAGGCCAGCAUCGCCCGGGAGACGGAUGCCCACCUGGCCAACCCCGUGCUGCCCGAUGAAGUGCUGAAGGAGGCUGUCCCCGGCUCCAUCCGCACAGCAGAGCACUUCCUGGGCUUCCUGCGGCGGCUGCUGGAAUACGUCAAGUUGCGGCUGCGUGUGCAGCACGUGGUGCAGGAGAGCCCCCCAGCCUUCCUCAGCGGCCUGGCCCAGCGCGUGUGCAUCGAGCGGAAGCCCCUCAGAUUCUGCGCCGAGCGCCUGCGGUCCCUCCUGCACACCUUGGAGAUCGCCGACCUGGCCGACUUCUCCCCUCUCACCCUCCUUGCUAACUUCGCCACCCUCGUCAGCACCUACGCCAAAGGUUUCACCAUCAUCAUCGAGCCCUUUGAUGACAGGACCCCCACCAUUGCCAACCCGGUGCUGCACUUCAGCUGCAUGGACGCCUCUCUGGCCAUCAAGCCCCCCGUGUUUGAGCGUUUCCAGUCAGUCAUCCUCACGUCUGGGACGCUGUCCCCGCUGGACAUCUACCCCAAGAUCCUGGACUUCCACCCCGUCACCAUGGCGACCUUCACCAUGACCUUGGCCAGGAUCUGCCUGUGCCCCCAGAUCAUCGGCCGAGGCAAUGACCAGGUGGCCAUCAGCUCCAAAUUUGAGACCCGAGAAGAUAUCGCGGUGAUCCGGAACUAUGGAAACCUCCUGCUGGAGAUGUCUGCUGUGGUCCCCGAUGGCAUCGUGGCCUUCUUCACCAGCUACCAGUACAUGGAGAGUACCGUGGCCUCCUGGUACGAGCAGGGCAUCCUCGAGAAUAUCCAGAGAAACAAGCUGCUCUUCAUCGAGACCCAGGACGGGGCUGAGACCAGCGUUGCCCUGGAGAAGUACCAGGAGGCCUGUGAGAACGGCCGAGGGGCCAUCCUGCUCUCAGUGGCGCGGGGCAAAGUGUCAGAGGGAAUCGACUUUGUGCACCACUAUGGGCGCGCCGUCAUCAUGUUCGGGGUCCCCUACGUCUACACCCAGAGCCGCAUCCUCAAGGCUCGCCUGGAGUAUCUGCGUGACCAGUUUCAGAUCCGUGAGAACGAUUUCCUGACUUUCGACGCCAUGCGGCACGCGGCCCAGUGCGUGGGCCGGGCCAUUAGAGGCAAGACCGACUACGGGCUCAUGGUCUUCGCUGACAAGCGCUUUGCCCGAGCGGACAAGCGGGGAAAGCUGCCUCGCUGGAUCCAGGAGCACCUGACAGAUGCCAACCUCAACCUGACGGUGGAUGAAGGUGUCCAGGUGGCCAAGUACUUCCUGAGGCAAAUGGCACAGCCUUUCCACCGGGAGGACCAGCUCGGCCUGUCGCUGCUCAGCUUGGAGCAGCUGCAGUCGGAGGAGACGCUGCGCAGAAUCGAGCAGAUCGCGCAGCAGCUGUGA